AUGGAGUUGGCUAGGUGUUACACGGUGGCUGAGUUCGAGUCUGCUUAUGCAUCUUUUAAGGUGAGAUUUCCUCCAGCGUACAAGUAUUUAGAGGAGCAUACUGAUAAAAGCUCAUGGGCUCAGGUUUAUUUCCCAGGUGUGAGAUACAACUUGGACACUAGCAACAGUGUGGAGUCAAUGAACAGCGUCUUUAGGAACGCCAGGAGGUAUGCUUUAAUACCAUUGUUGGAUACAAUCAUCAAAAAGUUUUCAGACUGGUUUAAUCAACAUCGGAAGGACUCUGUGGCUGGGUCGAUUGAUACCAAACUGGUUCCUCAUGUCGAGAUUCACUUGCAUAACCUAUGGAGCACAGCUGAGAAAACACCAGUGCGUGAGCUUAAUAGUUAUGAGUUUGAGUACGAGGUAACCGACACUGAAAAUGGGAAGAAUUAUGUUGUGAACUUGAUAGAGAAGAGCUUUAGCUGCAAGGUGUAUGAUUAUGAAAAGUAUCCUUGUCUGCACGGACUUGCUGCUUACUUAUAUUUCCUUGAGGUUGAAGCUGCUCCUGGUCGUCAACGUGAUGUCAAGAUAGAGUAUCAUGAAUUGUGCUCGAAAUAUUACUGGACAGAACUUUGGGCAUUGGUUUAUUACAAGACCAUUUAUUUUGUGCCGGACAGGUGUGAUUGGAAUGUACCAGAUCACAUCAAAGAGCUUCAGAUCAUACCUCCGGAUCGCCUCAAGAGGAAGGGAAGAAAAAAUAAUAAGAGGAGUCCAUCUGUUGGGGAACGACGUAAAAGGACACAAAACAUAAGGCGACCAAGGCAAAGUUUCGGUUUCAGUUGGCUGUUGUUUGGAAUGCGUAGUAGUAAUCCCAGUGAAUCAAACUAG